AUGGCUGCCCCUCUAGGGACCAAUCUGGCGUUCCCCGUUGUUCCAAAAAUGUACGAAAAGAACACCGUGGAGAAGGACAAGAAGGAGAAGAGGAUCACGAGGCGAAAAAUGUGGAGCGAUUCGUCAUGAGGAGCCGACUGGCGGCAUCAUCAUUUUUCGAUGGGCGGAGGGGAACAAAUGUUGCCGAGAGCCUCGUAAAUGUUCGCCUUGGAACUCUCGAAUUGCGACACCUUUUGUUUUGAGCGCCGAUCCCGUCAAUUUGUGUUCAUUGGGCUCAUCCAAGGGGGACAUGCAAAUGAGCACGGCUUGUGUUGCAACAGCGUGGAAAUGGUGUAAAUUGUUCAAUCUCAUCUGAUUUAUAGGCUUCGAAGGGGAUUUAGAGAUUCUCAGGAGACUCUCCUUUUCCCAGUGCAAGGGCUGGCCGGUCAGCCCCCGGGCAUUUUCAAAGCCCGAGGUGGUCCCUGCUUGCCAGUUAGCGAGACGUCCGUCAAGAGCGUUCGGCCCUUUUAUUCGAAGCCUGGCCUGGCCCAAGCCCGCACAAAAAAUGAGGCUCAAAGCCCGGGUCUGCCCGGCACAGGCUGCACCGCCCGGAUUUGCUUACGUUAA